GCGCAAAUUGUUUCGCAAAAAACUCGAGGCGGGCCCACAGGUGGAACUGCGCGCGUCACCGUACACAGCCCCGGCACGUGAACGCCGACAGCUGUGCAGGGGAGCGCCGCCCAGCCACGGGCCCUGCCAGACCGACACGUGAACAGACAAGGACGCACACACACACGCGCGCACACACACAACGCAUGCGGAAAGGUACACUUAUUGAACACCGCUCCGAAAACUUGGCGACGCUGUGGACCGAGACUUGACCGUGGAAAGAAAAACAAAGACGCGAGGAUGCUUCGAGGAGGGAUCUGCGUUAUUCUCUCCAUGCUGCUGUUGGGCGCCUGGGCAGGGGAGUCGAACCCAGUGGAGGUGGAGCACCCCCGCAUCUCCGCGCUCCACGCACAGCCGUGCCCCGCACACUACCGCGACUACUGCCUCAACGGGGGAUCCUGCCACUACCUCCACCAGACAGAUAAACCACACUGCAGGUGCUCGGCUGAGUUUGCGGGUCACCGCUGCGAGCUGUUCGCCCUGGAGAGGAGGAAGAGGUCGAGCUCAGAGGGGGCAGCGGCGGCAGCGGCCGCGUCGCUCUUCCUGGGCGGCAUCGCGUUAGUCGUCCUCUUCGUGGCCUACCACUGGUGCAAGAGGAAGAGGAGGAUCGAGGCUGAGACAAGGGAAGUGUUCCUCUGAAGCGCCUGGCGAAUACGAGGCGUCGUCGUCGUCGUCAUCGUCGUCGUCAUAGUCGUCACCAUGGUCGUCAUAGACGUCGUCGUCGUCGUCAUCAUCGUCAUAGUCGUCACCAUGGUCGUCAUAUACGUCGUCAUCGUCGUCACCAUGGUCGUCAUAGACGUCGUCAUCGCCGUCGUCAUCGUCGUCACCAUGGUCGUCAUAGACGUCGUCAUCGUCGCCACCAUGGUCAUCAUAGACGUCGUUGUCGUCGUCAUCACCGUCGUCAUCGUCGUCGUCACCUUCUGAAGAACUCAACAAGGGUCGCGUCUCCAUGCUGGCCACUAAGAGGGCCCCCACAGAUGCUACUGGGGGGGGAGGUCACUAAAUCGUGGCGGUCGUUGAUUGCCACGUUAAAGAUCAAGGCCAUCUGAAAAGCGUUUGCGUUGCUGGUCUUAAGCACCAAAGACUAAAAGCUGUGGUCACGACCGUAUUUAUAUGCUGUAUAUAUUCUACACAUGUAUAAAUGAUUCACACGGACCCUUUGUCAAUCUACUGCUGGAUGAAGUCCACGUCGAUCGUGGUAUGGGAGUUUCCUGACCAUACUUCACCACGCUGGUCCAGUGCAGCUUGGUGAAGGCAGUUGUGGGGGGGUUCAGAUAUGAUUUGCCACUGAUGUUAGCCGUGGCAGUGAAUUGAACUCGGGUGUCCAGGUUCACCGCACUGUAUUUAUAACGUCCCGUUUAAUUUAUUUUGCCAUUGUGUAUCCCGUGUUGUUUUUGUGCUCUUGUAGAUAUGACCACGUAAGUGAAAUCGCGUGUAAAUACCGCGUCGGAGUGUAUAAAGAAAAAAAGUCGAAGUCUCUAUCCGCUCAUCUUCGUUGGUAGUGGACAUUCCACGUUCCUAUGGCAGUGCCAAGUUUAUGUGUUUAUACCAUAAUCAUCAUCGUCAUGAAUCAUGGGUGUAACGAUUCAAUCGGCUACCUCGCUAUUCAAUGCACGUUGCAAAUAUAGCG